UAACCGUGUAAUUGCUGAACAACGUGCCUUAAGCUUGAAGAAAAGGUUCAUCAGAGAUAAAGACUUCCACAAAGACUACACUGUGUUCAUGAAAGAUCUUAUAUCCAGAGGUUAUGCAAAAGGAGUGCCAAUUGCAGACUUGGAGCGACAUGAUGGGAAGGUUUGGUAUAUCCCUCAUCACGGGGUUUAUCAUCCUACCAAAGGGAAGAUUCGGGUCGUAUUUGACUGUGCGGCAUCAUUCCAGGGCAUUUCUCUUAAUGCACAGCUCCUAAGUGGUCCUGAUUUGACAAAUAAUUUGGUUGGUGUGCUGACUAGGUUCCGAAAAGAGCCUGUUGUUUUGAUGUCUGAUAUUGAAGCCAUGUUCCAUCAGGUGUACGUACCAGAGGAAGACGCUGACCUAUUGAGGUUUCUCUGGUGGCCGGGAGGUGACUUCAAUCAGAGCAUGCAGGAGUAUAGGAUGGGCGUUCAUUUGUUUGGAGCAACGUCCUCUCCGAGUUGUGCUAACUAUGCUCUGCGGAAAUGUGCGGAAGACAACAAAGCACACUUCAACCAGCAGGUGAUUGACACCAUUCUACAUAAUUUCUACGUGGAUGACUGCCUUGCUUCAGUAGGCACUGAAGAGGAAGCAAUCUCUCUUUACACAGACCUCAGACUCAUCUGCGCCAAGGGAGGCUUCCACUUAACAAAGUGGAUAAGUAAUAGCCGCAGGGUCCUGGCAGUAAUACCUGAGGAGGAGAGAGCUAAGGAAGUUAAAAAUCUAGAUUUGGAUUGUGACCUAUUGCCUAUUGAGCGAGCAUUAGGAGUUUGGUGGUGUUUACAGUCAGAUGCGUUUAAGUUCUCCAUUUCCAUCCCAAACAGGCCAUUGACCCGGAGAGGAAUUCUUUCUAUGGUCAGCUCCUUCUACGACCCUCUGGGAUUCCUUGCUCCUGUCAUUUUCACAGCUAAAAGGAUACUUCAAGAUCUGUGUCAGAGGGGGAUUGGAUGGGAUGAUGCUAUUCCAUCAGAUGUUGCUCAAGAGUGGCAAAGGUGGGUGGAAGAACUGCACCUGUUGGACAACAUCAGCAUCAAACGAUCUUUAAAACCUACUGAAUUUGGAGAAAAAACUACUGCUCAGUUGCACCACUUUGCAGAUGCGAGCGAGGCCAAGUUCAAGAGCUGCGGUCUGAUAAUGGAACCAACUUUGUGGGUGCGGAGCGUGAGCUGA